GGUUAAGCAAACAGCCAAUGGGAUGCUUACUGGUGAUAUUCUCAUCACAAUAUGUUGCUUUAAAAGGACCUCAGGGCAGGAGCAGCAUUGCAUCUUCUACUGUUGCCUACAUCGGAUCUGGUGCGGGGUCACUGCACAGGAAGAACAAACGAAACAUGACCGCGACCAGGAUUCAUCACGCUGACAAGCAACAGAACGGAGAUGCCAUGGCGGAAACAUCGACCGUGGAAGACGUUUUUGACGACACGUACAGAGAGAAGGAGGGGAAGAAACCACCGAGGAUCCUGGUGUGGAGAAAUAUAAUCUUGAUGUGUUUUCUGCAUAUUGGAGCGCUUUAUGGAUUGGUUCUAAUCCCUUCCGCAUCAUGGUUAACUCUUGGAUGGACUGCACUGUGCUACCUGAUGAGUGCUCUUGGUGUGACUGCUGGUGCGCACAGAUUGUGGAGCCACAGGUCCUAUAAGGCUUCUUUUCCUCUGCGAGUCUUCCUUGCUCUUGCCAACUCCAUGGCAUUUCAGAAUGACAUUUAUGAGUGGUCCAGGGACCAUCGUGUCCACCACAAGUACUCAGAGACAGACGCAGACCCUCACAACGCCAAACGGGGCUUCUUCUUCUCCCACAUUGGUUGGCUGCUGGUCCGCAAACAUCCUGACGUCAUCGAAAAGGGAAAGAAGCUGGAGCUGGGAGAUCUGAAGGUGGAUAAAGUAGUGAUGUUCCAGAAACGGUACUACAAGCUGUCUGUAGUGCUGUUCUGCUUCCUCAUUCCCAUGUUGGUGCCCUGGUACGUCUGGGGGGAAUCCUUGGCGGUGGGUUAUUUUGUUCCUGGACUUCUGAGGUACACCGUGGUGCUCAAUGCAACCUGGCUGGUCAACAGCGCUGCACACAUGUGGGGCAACAGGCCCUAUGACAAGACCAUUAACCCUAGGGAAAAUCCAUUUGUUGCCAUUAGUGCCAUAGGAGAGGGCUUCCACAACUACCAUCACACAUUUCCCUUCGACUACGCUACAAGUGAGUUUGGUUGCAAGUUCAACAUCACCACUGCCUUUAUCAACCUCAUGUGCUUCUUGGGUUUGGCCAGAGAUCGCAAGAGGGUUUCCAGUGACAUGAUCGCUGCUCGCAUUCAGCGAACAGGUGACGGCAGCUAUAAAAGUGGCUGAGUACGAGGGGGAGGCUGCGCUACAAACUCUCACAGCAAUCCAACAUGCCGAACCGAGACACAACGUAGCAACAAGUGCAGCAGCAUUUCACUAAUGUGGUGGUGAUUACCAAGCUUCUUUGUGAGACUAAUAUCAGCUUCAAAGAGUUGUUUCCAUUAAAAGUUGUGAAACUCUUGAGUUUUGAAGUGUCUUCACCAAGUGUUUGCUACUAGUGGAGAUUUGACUACAUGUGCAAAACAGCUUUUUCAUCAUAAAACUACAGUGUCAUUAAGAGAAUGGAUGUAAAAUAUUUGGCCAGAUGAAAACAGCACCAACAAAAACAUAUAAAACAUAUAAAAAGUGUGUAAGCUAUGUGUAGAGGCAGUAAUUACAGAAUAAUGUUUUGCAUAUUAUAUUUGUUUGCUAGUUAUUAAUUGUCUAUUGCACUUUGGAAGCUUUAUUAAAACCUUUAUGGUUUAUCUGCAAGCAAGGCAGAAGUCGCUCUGCUUUAAAUCAGUGGUGCUUUAUUUCACCCAGUAAGAUGUGGAUUUUUAAUGUAGUAUUUGUGUAUUUUUCGCUAAGGUUUAAUUUGCUUUUGGUAAUUUAGUCUAAAACAUGAGCUGGCAGGUUGAAAAUUAACAUCAACACAGUCAGUUCUCCAUUUGGCUGUUGCCAUUUGUGGCCCUGGAAGAGGACAGCUCCAAAGUGUCAUAUAUGGGGAUGCUUCAACACCUGUAGUGUAAGGAUUACAAAUUUCUGCACUCAUUUAGAUAGAAGGCCACAUCCGACUCCAUCUGUAAGCCUACUUUAUAGAUGCAGGCCUUUCUCUUGCAUUGAAAAAAGACCUUUAAGUUAUUGAUGUUCUCCAACUCAGCAAAGUCGGCCUAUGAGAGAUGGAGAAGGCACAUUAUUUAUUUUUUUCUAAUGUGUCACGGUAUUGAAAUGUUUGGCCCAAAUGCCUUAUGAUGGUUAUACACAUCCUUAAAGCUCAUAGUGCAACAUACAAAAAAAGCAGGACUUCUGAUAUGUUUGGUUUCUUUUAGCUUUUAAACAGCCAUUAUUAUCCAUGUUUGUUUAAAGUGAAAGACAAUGAAUAAGAAAAUAAUCUAUUUAGACUUUUCUUUAAGAAAACAAGAAUUUGCCUAAAAUACAAAUAAAACUUUUUAUGACAUUUUUUGAAAGCACCAUUGUAAUAUUUAUCAAAUGUUCUCUAUAAUAAAGCAACACUUAUAUUGUGUUGGGAAAUGGCACUUUUAUUUCAAAUGAAUGUUUUGUAUCUACCGUAUGUAAGAUAAAUAAACCAAACUUUUAUGCAA